GAAGCGGAGCUCGGCGGCGGCGGUUCAGUGACGGCUGUCGCGGGGGACCCCGGGCACAGGCGGAGAUGAGCUCGCAGCAGUUCCCGCGCUCGGGCGCGCCGUCCGCCGGUCUAGGAGCAGCGCCGCCGCCGCCCGGCCCCGCCAGCGGCUCCACCGCUACAGUGAGUGAUGAAUCCAGUCGUGAGUCAGAAGUUGCUCCUAGAGAGCACGUCGCCCCUGGUGGCUCCAUACAACCUCGAGAGGAAAAGCAGGAACCAGUGGUGGUUCGGCCGUACCCGCAGGUUCAGAUGCUGACACAGCACCACCCUGUGCAGUCUGGUGCCCCGGUGACAGUGACAGCCCCACCAGCACAUUUGACUCCAGCUGUCCCCCUUUCCUUUUCAGAUGGGCUUAUGAAGCCCCCCUUGAAGCCCACCAUGCCCAGCCGGCCCAUUGCUCCUGCUCCACCCUCUACUCUGUCAGCUCCUACAAAGGUUCCUGGGCAAGUUACUGUGACCAUGGAAAGCAACAUGCCACAGGCUCCAACAAUUCCUGUGGCAACAAUCAGUGGUCAACAGGGGCACCCUAGUAACUUGCAUCAUAUCAUGGCCACCAAUGUGCAGAUGUCAAUCAUCAGAAGUAGCGCUCCUGGGCCCCCCCUACACAUUGGAGCUUCUCACUUGCCCCGAGGUGCAGCGGCUGCUGCAGUGAUGUCCAGUUCCAAAGUAACCACAGUCCUGAGACCAGCUUCACAGCUGCCAAAUUCCGCGACGGCCCAGCCUGCUGUUCAGCACAUUAUCCACCAGCCCAUCCAGUCUCGUCCUCCCGUGACAACUUCAAGCACCAUUCCUCCAGCUGUGGUGGCAACUGUCUCGGCCACAAGAGCUCAGUCCCCUGUUAUAACUACAACAGCAACACAUGCCACGGAGUCGACCCUCAGUCGACCUACCCUCUCCAUCCAGCAGCACCCACCUUCUGCAGCUAUUAGCAUUCAGCGGCCUGCGCAGCCAAGGGACGCGGCCACUCGGAUCACGCUGCCCUCACACCCAGCUAUAGGAACACAGAAGCCACAGCUCCACACCAUGGCUCAGAAAACCAUUUUUAGUACUGGUACUCCAGUGGCAGCAGCAACAGUGGCACCUAUUUUGGCAACGAAUACAAUUGCUUCAGCAACCACAGCUGGUUCUGUGUCUCACACCCAAGCGCCUACAAGCACCAUUGUCACCAUGACAAUGCCCUCCCAUUCUUCCCAUGCUACAGCUGUCACGACCUCAAACAUCCCAGUUGCUAAAGUGGUUCCUCAGCAAAUCACACACACUUCACCCCGGAUCCAGUCUGAUUACACAGCAGAGAGGAGUAAUCUCAUCCCCCUCUCCAGUCACCGGUCAUCUCCCAACCCUGUAGCAAUGGAAACCAGAAAUGACAACAGGCAGUCCGUGCCUGUCCAGUUCCAGUAUUUCUUGCCAACGUAUCCACCCUCUGCCUACCCUCUGACCGCGCACACCUACACCCCCAUCACCAGCUCGGUGUCCACCAUUCGCCAGUACCCAGUCUCAGCCCAGGCACCCAACUCUGCUAUUACGGCUCCGGCGGGCGUUGGCGUGGCCUCCACUGUCCACCUGAACCCCAUGCAGCUGAUGACUGUAGAUGCAUCUCACGCCCGUCACAUCCAGGGCAUCCAGCCCGCGCCAAUCAGCGCCCAGGGCAUCCAGCCCGCGCCAAUCAGCGCCCAGGGCAUCCAGCCAGCGCCCAUUGGGACGCAGGGGCUGCACCCCGCAGCACCAAUGGGGGCACAGGGACUGCAGCCAGCGCCAAUGGGCGCCCAGCAGCCACAGGCUGACACCAAGACUUCAGCAGUAGUCUUGGCAGAUGGAGCCACCAUUGUAGCAAAUCCUAUUAGCAACACAUUCAGCACGGCUUCUGCAGCAACUACAGUUGUGCAAACCCACAGCCAGAGCACCAGCAUCCCAGCUCAGGGCUCCUCUCCGCGCCCGAGCAUCCUCCGGAAGAAACCAACCACAGAUGGGCUGGCCGUCAGGAAAAGCUUAAUUCCACCUCAGCCACCUGAAGUAGCUAGCACGCGUGUUGAGAGUGCGAUGCGGAGCACGUCUGGAUCCCCAAGGCCUGCUGGUGCAAAGCCCAAACCUGAAAUUCACGUGUCCAUGGCCACUCCGGUCACUGUGUCAAUGGAGGCAGUGUCUAACCAAGGCAGCGAGCAGCCCACCAUUGUGGUUCCCCCAACCUCCCAGCAACCCCCCUCUGCCAUUCCAACAAUCAUUGCAGCAGCCAGUCCCACCUCACAGCCUGCAGCAGCUCUGUCCACCAUUCCAGGAGCUGUCCCAGCUGCUCCACCAACUUCUACCACAAUUGUGGCUGCACCUGCUCCUCCAUCAACCAUGAGUGGGGCCCUGUCAGCAGUGCUGGGUCCUCCAGUGCCAGACAUAAAAAUCAAAGAGGAAGUGGAGCCUAUGGACAUAAUGCGACCAGUAUCUGCAGUCCCUCCGUUGACUACGAGUACAGUGUCUUCAUCUCUGGCGUUGCUGGCCAACAACCUUUCAAUGCCUCCAAGUGACUUGCCACCUGGUGCCUCCCCGAGGAAGAAACCCCGUAAGCAGCAGCAUGUCAUCUCCACAGAGGAAGGGGACAUGAUGGAAACCAACAGCACUGAUGACGAGAAGUCCACUACCAAAAGUUUGCUGGUGAAGGCAGAGAAGCGCAAGUCUCCCCCAAAGGAAUAUAUAGAUGAAGAAGGUGUGAGAUACGUCCCGGUACGUCCACGGCCGCCAAUCACGUUGCUCCGUCACUAUCGCAACCCUUGGAAAGCUGCUUACCACCACUUCCAGAGAUACAGUGAUGUCCGGGUGAAAGAAGAGAAGAAGGCCAUGCUCCAGGAGAUUGCCAACCAGAAGGGCGUGUCCUGUCGUGCACAAGGGUGGAAGGUCCAUCUCUGUGCAGCGCAGCUGCUACAGCUGACCAACCUGGAGCACGAUGUGUACGAGCGACUGACUGCCCUGCAGGAGGGCCUCAUUCCAAAGAAAAAGGCAGCCACUGAUGAUGAUUUGCAUCGAAUCAAUGAGCUGAUACAGGGGAAUAUGCAGAGGUGUAAACUUGUGAUGGAUCAAAUCAAUGAGGCUCGAGACUCCAUGCUAAAGGUCUUGGAUCACAAGGAUCGUGUUUUGAAGCUUCUAAACAAGAAUGGAACUGUCAAGAAGGUAUCCAAAUUAAAGAGAAAGGAGAAGGUCUAAAGCCAGAAUAAUGACUCUGAAAGUGGAGAAUGUGUACAGAAUGGAGUUGAACCUGAUUGUGGUUUGGAUUUAUUUUUAAGUGGAGCAUCUGAAUAAAAAAGGAUGAGCUUAGGGAACAGUUGGCAACAAAUGGGCAUGUGAAGCGUGGUGACCUGAAGGGAUUGUCACUGAUUUCUCCUAAUGAACAACGAUUUCUCUCAGGCUCAUCCCUUUUUAAAGUCUUUCUGGUCCCAUUUGUUUAACCCUCCGGAUGUGUCAUUGCCUACUAAUUGGAACCAGGGAUGCAAUAUGUGGUGGACAGUGCUCCUCCUGCUCUGCAGCUUAGGGGUAAAUGUACCCAAGGUGUGUUGACACCUGUGAGGCACGAGGCUCUGCAGGGGCCACCAGGAGGCUGAUGUAGAGGUAUCAACCCUGACAAGAGCUGUGCUUCAAAGCAGCCGAAGUGAAGCUGCUUUCAGAUACCCCAUUCAGAUCUUUUUCUUCUGACCCUCCAGUGUCUGAAGUAGCCAUCUUAAACCAGUGCCACUGCACCAGGAGAUCUGCCGUGUUCAGAAUCUCCAAUGGCUGAGAAGUUCUAGCUGUCAAGUUAAAAAAAUAAAUAAAUGGGGGGGGGGAAUAAUUUCCCAGUGAUGUUGUGUCUCUGUGUGUGUCUAUGUUGGUGCUCUGGGAUCCUUGUUUUGAAGUACCUCCUGCAACAGAGGACUUCCUGUAGCUGGUGUAAUGCUAGUUGUUAAUUACCAUGUACAUCCUGAAAACAUUAAUAAAGGACUUGGAGGUUUUUGUA